AGGCUCACUUAUAGUUGUUAUCAAAAACACUCGGCUCCACUCCACUCCGUCUGUAUGCGUCGACCCUUAGUAGCAUUAGUGUAUGAUACUGGUGACCUGCACUCACACCUAAGUGGUAAACCUCGAAGCAACACCAAUCCUCCGGCAGUAGUGGCACCCCCGCCCCAGCGUGGUUUAUUGCACGGAUACCUUACUUCAGGUAAUGAACCCAUUGGACGCGGUUUGCGACGUCAAGAGAAAUGAUGCGGUGUGCGUCAGCAACUUGAAGUCAGCGAUACCAAUAGACAAAGCCAUCCUGCAGGAGCGGCCCGACGUCAAGAUAUUCCUGCCGUUCAGAUUCCAUUUCUACAAACCCAACGACCUUUUCAGAGAGAACACGUAUAGAAACUAUUUAGUUGCUCCCAGUGGAGAUCACGUUCUGAGUUUAGUGGAUGAGAUCUCCUACUCCGCGGCGCCAGCUCCCCCGCUCUCACAAAUGCAUGAGCUUCCUCCUGAACUGUUCUGCAAUGGCGACAACAGACCAGCCGACUGCGCUGUCGACUGCAGAUGUACCCACAUGAUCGAUGUGCCCUUGAAUUCUAUCGUCGAGAUAGUCCUGGUUGAUGAAGUACAGUCACCAAAUCUCUCGCAUCCCUUCCAUCUCCACGGAACCUCAUUCAGCGUGAUUGGAAUGGGUCGGUCUCCAGAUAAGAACAUAAAGAAAAUCAAUUUAAAACACGCUCUUGAAUUGGACAGGAAGGGCCUUUUACACAGGCAGUACGACCUGCCACCUCUCAAAGAUACUAUCGCCGUACCAAAUAAUGGAUACGUCGUAUUGAGACUUAAAGCCGAUAAUCCUGGCUAUUGGCUGUUUCACUGCCACUUCAUCUACCACAUAGUGAUUGGAAUGAAUUUAAUAUUACAUAUUGGAACUCAGAGAGACUUACCGCCAUUACCACCGAACUUCCCGAGAUGUGGUCACCAUUUGCCAGCAAUAACAUCGCCAUCAUACUAUCGUAAGGGAUACUAACAUUAGGAUAUUAGUUAUUUCUAAGAAGCAGCGAUCUCUUACGGCAAUAAGUUGUAACCUUAUUCAGGAGUUCAAUAUCAAAAAAACGUACUGCCAUAUUUUAUAAUGUUGUUGAAAAUAUGAACAACGUACGAACGAAAUAAAUUAUAAAUUAAUUGGGUGAUAUACAAGGGAUCCAUGAUUAUUAAACAUAACUUUUAAACUAGAAGACCAAAGUUAUCGAUGUUAGUACCCCUGAUUCAUACAUAAUAUAAUAUUCUGAAGAAUUUCCACAUUCAUUUGAGUCUUGCUGUAAUUACUUGUUACACUUUUUAUUUAUAUCUAUAUAUCC